AUGGAUUCGUCGACCAGCUGAGGUCUAAGAUGCUAUUCCUUUGAGGAUAUCCUAUAACCUCUUCUGUCACCCGUGCUAAGUCACCCGCACAGAUCCCAACUAUUAGGUACUACAAGAAAUAGUGAAGAACAACUUGACAAUAGCACGUAAAAAUGAGGUUUAUUUGCUUGCACGGUAUGGGAACGAGCGCUGACAUUUUCGAAACUCAAACUGGACCGCUUCGACAAGCCCUUGGCAACAACCACGAUUUCGAAUUCUAUGAAGGCGAAUAUGAAGUUCCACCAGCACCAGGGAUUGAUACAAUAUUCGACUGCGAAGUUUACAAGGCGUGGUACGACCCCUGUUUAGGAGCAUCCACGCACCGCAAAGCCUUAGAGCUCCUAAGUGAUAUAGUCGAAGAAGACGGACCUUUCGAUGGCUGUAUAGGCUUCUCUCAAGGUGCAGCCCUCCUUGCAUCCUUUUUACUCGCACACCAGGCUCUUGACCCAUUCUCUCCGCCGCCGUUUCGCCUUGCAAUCUUCAUCUGCGGUAGUAGUGCGCUAUCCGUCUCUGAAGAUGGUCUGUGGAGUCGCAUUGACCCACAAAUAGUCGAAUGCAGGAACAAGAGAAUAAAGAUCCCCACGGUCCAUAUUUAUGGCUGUAAAGACCCAGCCUACCAGGAAAGUCUGAAUUUGAAGGACAUGUGCGAGCCGCGAAACAUGUUGGAAUACGACCACAGCAGUGGUCAUGAUAUUCCACGGGGGAUAUCUGUGACGAAGGAGAUGGCAAGGACUGUGCAGAAGGGUAUAGAGAGAGCCAUGUGCGGUCAUUAAACUCCAAACGCACGUAGUCAAUAGUUUCAUACCAAAUUCUUCAAACACGAAAAUAUAAUAGUAAGGGAUAACUAUCACAUCCUGAGCCAUCCAAUGUGUCGCCGCAAGGACUACCUGAGAUGUCUCCAGUUCUAAGGUGGUAUCGUAAGAUGUGUA